AUGGCAGCAUUCUCAGCCGCCGGUGCCAACACUACUUGGAUGCCUGCCCCCGACGCAGCCGCACUGGGCACCCUGGCAGUGCCAUAUAACUUGGCAAGCUGGCCAGGGGGUCAGUACGAGUUUGUGUCGUGCGACCUGGCGCGCCGCUCCCCCGAGUAUGUUGGCACCUGCCAGGCCAACACGGUCUCCUGCGGGGCCUCCACGGCCGAUGGCGUGCCGUACAACUGCACCCUGCUGGCGGACAACAGCAGCGUCGCCGGAAACCUGAGCAGCAGCGCUUACCGCGAGGCCUGCGAGCUGCCCUGUGACAUGGUGCUGGACUGCGCCGCCCUCUGUGAUUGCGGCCUCGACGGCUGCGCUGCAAAUCAGGGGGACGCCGCGGCCGACGGCGAGUUCACCACCAUUGCGGCCGCGGCCGCAAGCAGCGGGGCUACAGCUGCUGUCUUUGCACCAAUCAACGCGGCGACUUCAAGUCGCAGGCGCCUGACAGCCGCCAGCAAUGACGAGGUCAUUGCCCAGCUGGCGGCUGUUGCAGCUAAGGUUGACGGCCUGCGGUCAGCCCAGGACAGCAUCACGACGCAGGUGGACACGCUCCGGGCCAAGGUGGACCAAGCCAACCUGCUCGCCGAGGCACGCGCAGUCAACACACGCGUUCAGGACCUCAUCUCUGCUGGCCGCACUGACAUAGCCGCCGGGCAGCGCACUUUGGAGGCAAAACUGGACACCCUGCUGCAGCGCCAGCAGGCGGCCCUGGACGCCGCCUUGACGGCCAGCGCCACUCUGGCGGCCAUCCAGGGCAUGGCUGAACGCCAGGUGGCGGCGCUGAGCGGGCUGGAUGCUGCUGUGAAGGAGCAAGUCAAGACUAUCUCAGUGGCCACACAGCAGGGCCUCAUCAGCUUGGCCACGGCUCUGUCUUACUGGAAAGUGGCACGCCGCAACCGCGCUGCAGAGGCCAAGAUAUACCGUCUGGCCAACACCCCCUGCACGCCAACCUCGGUGACAGACCACCUUUUCACCGUAGACAACGGCAACAGCGCUGUCGAGGGCACGCCGCGUGACCGCAGCGUCGGGCUCAACAACCGAAUCAUAGGCGGCAUCCUGCUGCACACAUGGCGCAAGCAGGAAGAGGUCUGCCCGAUGACACGCUUCAGCGCAAUCCAGUCGACUUGCUCUGGUGACGUGGACGUGUCCUCCUAUGGUGUGGACCCCGCCUUCAAGCCCGAGACAGCCUCCUUCCAAGCCGACCUGGUUGCGGCUGAUGACGGGCCCAUGCUGGCAGUGUACGACUGCGACAAGCUGGUGAAUGUGCCCUAUGGCUUCCACCACUUCCCACUGUCGGGUGCCCCCCCGGGCUUCCCAGUGUGGCUGGACAUCAACCUCUCACAAGCAGGCGCAGCCACCUGGCUGGCCUGGCUACGCGAUGCACUGCUUCUGGAUGACGCGACGCGGGGGCUGACGGCGCGCAUGGUCACAUACAAUGCCGACCUGGGGGUGUUUGCAUCUGUACGCGUGGACUUUGACUUUGGAGCCGGUGGCUCCAUCCAGGCUACAACUGCCAUUGAUGCGCUGCGCAUGGAGUUGUAUGACCCGGCAGCUGUGUCCGACACGGUGCGCUAUGCCGCGGAGGUGCUGCUGUCCGUCUGUGUGGGCCUCAUGGUGGUGGGACAGCUGUGGGACAUCGUGGCCGCCGCCACCAGGCCCAAGGGGCUGCGCAAAUAUUUCAGCAGCCCUGCCCACUGGAUGGACACAAUCAGCAACCUGCUUCUUGUCUACUCUGACCUGCAGCCUGAGGCCAACUUCCUUGACCUGGCGGGGGCAGGAGAGGGCCUGUCGGCAGCGUGGGCUGCGAUCACAAAACUUGAGGAUGCUGUGCAGCUGGUGUCGUGGUACUACGCACUCAGCGGGAUUAACAUCCUGCUGCUGCUGGCACGGCUCCUGCGCCGCAUGGACUUCCAGCCACGUCUUGGUGUCAUCACUCGCUCGCUGCGCCUGGCCCUGCCCGACCUGUUGCACUUCUUCCUGGUGGCGGGCGCAGUGUUCAUGGGCUACAGCAUGAUGGCCUUCCUCAUCUUUGGCAACAGCGUGCCCCAGUUUGCUGGGCUGGGCACGGCUGUGAACAGCUGCUUCCAGAUGAUGCUGGGGGACUUCUCCGAUGUCCUCGGCCAGCUGGGUCAGCUCAGCGGCGUGCAGGGUGUUGCUGGUGCGCUGUUCUUCUGGACCUACAUGCUGCUGGUGUUCCUGGUGCUGCUCAAUUUCCUACUGGCCAUCAUCGUGGAUGCAUUCAGCGAGGUCAAGGAGCGCACCUCCGAGUCCACGGGCAUCCACACCGAGCUGGGACGCCUGGUGGCCGAUCAGUGGCGAUCCCUGGCCUCCCUGCUGCCAGGUGGCCCUGCCCGCGCUGGCCGCCGCAAGCUCGACGCCCUGCUCAGCACCUGGGCAGGUGCUGAGGAGGCGGGACCAGCCGCUGAUGGCGCCGACGAGGACAGCGCCGCUGACGAGGAUGAAGGCGAGGGCGAGGGCAAGGAGGGCGCCAAGGCGGUCGGGGCAGGGAAGGAGGCUGAGGGCAGAGGGCAGGAGGCAUCUGGUGCGGGCCGCACGCUGCGUGUGCUGGGCCAGGAGCUGGACGAAGCAGCGCUGCGUGCGGUGUUGACAGAGGCGCUGGCACCCUUCGACGCUGUCGACGCGCCUGGGGCGCCCAAGGCAGCUGAGGGCACGGCGGCGGCGACGCAGGACGAGGUGGCGGCGGUGACGAAGUUUGUGCUGCGGCGCUACGGCGUUCGCCGCGACGCCGACAGCGAGGGCGGCCAGGAGGGCGGCGAUGACGCCAGCGGCGAUGGCUCUGCGCUGGAGGCGGAGCGUGACCGCCUGGCUGCGGCGCUGGAGCAGCUGGCCGAGGUGCAGCGUGACCUGGCAGAUGCUCAGCGUCAGCUCAUGGCGGGCCAGAAGCAGCUGGGGGAGCACCAGGCGCGCCUGAUGGGCGCGGACAGGUAG